AUGGAGCAGUAUCUCGAUCGGUGGCUAUCCAUGAGUAAAGUUGAGAAAGAUUAUGCUCGCCUGUUUGAUUUCCUUGUCAGGGAACAGUUACUGACAAAUUGCAGUUCUGAUUUACGGGUGUUCUUGAAAGAAAGGGGGUGUGAAAGCGCAACAGAGAUGGCGGAAGCAGCAGAUAGAUAUCGUAGUGCUCACGCAUAUCGCGGAAGCAAGCCUUCAAGGUCAAUGCAAAAACAGAGUUCACCAAAUGUUGAUGACAUUAAAUGCCAUGGAUGUGGAAAGCCUGGUCAUAUCCGUCCGAACUGCCCUAAUAACCCUAGAAACUUUAAACAAAAGACAGAGGGUAAAGUUAAUUUUGUCUUUCAGUCUGAGAUGAAACCACAAAAUAGUAUAAUUGAUGCAGAAGGCAAAUUGUUUGAAAAACCAGCGGAGGUUAUGUUUGACACGGGGUGUUCGACUGUAAUUGUUAAUGACAAAUUAGUGCCAGCAAGAUUUAGAUUAGGGCCUAUGGUUAAGGUCUAUGAUUAUCUUGGGGUUCCAAAUUCAUUCCCCAAAGUCAGAUGUUUUAUUCGAAGUAAAUUUUUUUCAGGGUGGAUUAGUGCCAUUGCAGCUCCCCUUAAAUUUGCAGAUGUGCUUAUCGGACUAGUUCCUGGUGUAAAAUUGCCUGGUAAGUGCGCCACUACCUCGCUCGAGCACGAACAGAGCAAAGAGGCAGGUGAUGAUGCUUCACAAGCUCUUACAAAGGUAAGCGAUGUUUCCAUGGGGAAUGACUACAAAAUCGCUGAUAAAGAGGAUGUUAAUGGGUCUCCUGACGUCAUUGCUAUGAGUGUCCAGACUCGCUCAUCGGUAUCAAAAGCGGCUAAGACUACCUCAUUAGCUUGUUCAGAAUUCUUAGACCUAAAUAUAAAUAAAGUUAAUAUCAUGGAGGAACAGCUAAAUUGUCCAACACUUCAAUCUAUCAGGGAAAAUAUUAAAAGCGGAAAACAUGUGAGAGUAAAAUCGCGCACAGUAAAAUUUGAAAUAAUAAAUGGACUAAUUUACAGGGUAUGUCUUGAGAGCAAAUAUGAUUAUGAAAUUGGAAGUAAGCAACUUGUUAUUCCUGAUAAGUAUAGGAUUCACGUUCUAAAUCUGGCUCAUGAUUCAUUGACUGCCGGACAUUGUUCUCAUCGGAAGACGAGUCUUAAGGUGUUUUCUAAAUUCUAUUGGCCCGGUGCUGGCGCUCAUAUUAAGAGAUAUUGCAGAUCAUGCCCGAUCUGUCAGAAGUUUUCAGCCAAGGGAACUGUACGUAAAGUACCAAUGAAGAAUCUCCCCAUUAUUUCCGAACCAUUUUCGCGUGUUGCUAUAGAUUUAGUAGGACCUUUUUCACCUAGUUCAGAUAGAGGAAACAAGUAUGUGCUUACUUUGAUCGACUACGCGACACGAUAUCCCGAAGCUGUACCUCUGAAAAACAUUGAUACCAUAACCGUUGCGGAAAGCUUGGUAGAAAUAUUUUCGAGAGUUGGUGUCCCGCGAGAGAUCUUAUCUGAUCGCGGUUCUCAAUUCAAAUCUGAUCUCAUGAGUGAAAUUCACAGAAUGUUAUCUGUUAAAGCUUUAUAUACUAGUCCCUAUCAUGCUUCAUGUAAUGGUGCUGUAGAAAGGCUGAACGGUGUCUUAAAAUCAAUGAUAAAGAAACUUUGCGUAGAUCACCCGAAAGCUUGGGAUCGCUAUAUACCUGCUGCCCUAUUUGCUUACAGAGAAAUUCCGAACGACAGUCUUAAGUUUUCUCCAUUUGAGUUAUUGUAUGGACGUCAAAUUCGUGGACCUUUAACAAUUUUACACGAGUUAUGGACAAAAACUGACAUCGAUAGUGACGUAAAAACUACCUAUCAGUAUGUUUUAGAUUUACGCUCACAUCUUGAGGAGACUGCGAAACUAGCAGCUGCUCAAGCGGAGAUUAGCGGUCGUAAUUAUAAGAGCUAUUACGAUCUUAAAACUAAAUGCCGCAAGUUAAACACAGGUGAUGAAGUAUUGGUCUUGUUACCCUCUAGCAGUAAUAAAUUGAUGAUGCAAUGGCUUGGUCCUUACCCCGUUGUGCAUUGCAAAGACAAUGGCGUAGAUUACGUUGUUAAAGUGCGUGGUAUGAAAAAGCUAUUUCACAUCAACAUGCUAAAAAGGUACUUCCGCCGUGACGGCGGCAAAAGCAAAAGCGAAAGUGAAAUUGCUCAGGUAUGCGUAGUUGAAGAAGAGAACCAAGUGGGUAAUAACUGUGAACCAGUUUAUUUUGACAUAGAUGGUAUUAGUAACAUUAAUGUUGGUAAUGAACUAACUGAAAUUCAAAUUAGUGAGUUAAAAGGGAUUCUAAGUAAAUUUACUGAUGUACUGACUGACAAACCGGGUCUAACCAAUACAAUAGAGCAUGUCAUUAAUAUAAACUCUAGUAAACCUGUACGUAAGAAACCAUAUCCCAUCCCUAACAGCCUAGUUAAUGAUUUCAACACCAAGAUUGACAAGAUGUUAGACAUGAACAUUAUUGAACCUUCAACAUCUGCAUUUUCUUCUCCCGUCGUGAUGGUGAAGAAAAGUGAUGGGUCGUGGAGAGUUUGUAUUGAUUUUAGAGCCCUAAAUGACGUAAGUGACUUAGAUGCUGAGCCCAUGCCUAAUACUGAAGAGGCUCUCGGAAGAUUUGUGAACGAUAUUUAUUUCACUGAAAUAGAUCUUUGUAGAGGAUAUUGGCAAAUACCCUUGUUGAAAGAAUCAAAAAUGUAUACUGCGUUUGCCACUCAUAGGGGUCUUAUGCAAUUCAGAGUUAUGCCUUUCGGAUUAAAGUCCGCUUGUGCAACCUUCAUAAGACUAAUGAGGAAAGUGGUCUCCGAAUUGAAAAAUACUGACUGUUAUUUUGAUAAUAUUGUAAUCCAUAAUAAUGAUUGGUCUGAACACCUACAGGACGUGAAAGAUCUUUUGCUGCGUCUACGUAAGCAUAGUUUAACUGCAAGCCCUAGUAAGUGUUUCUUUGGUUUUUCCAAAAUCAAAUAUUUGGGAGUUUUGUUAGGAGAUAAUUGUAUUAGUCCUCUCGAAUCUAAAAUCAAUGCUAUCUUGGUGAUGCCUUUGCCUGUGAAUAAGAAGCAAUUAAGAUCUUUCAUCGGGACUGUUGGUUAUUACCGCAAGUUUGUUCCUAAUUUUGCAAGUAUUGCAGCUCCUUUGCAUGAUCUCCUCAAGAAAAAUAGUAGUAAUAGAUUACAGUGGAAUGAGGAGAAAGUAAAAUGCUUCAACAAACUAAAGUUGUCCUUGGUAUGUAAACCAAUACUUUGUUUGCCAGACGAUUCGAAGACUUUUUAUGUUCGUACUGAUGCUUCUGAUAUUGGUCUCGGAGCAGUAUUACUACAGGAUGUGAACAAUAUUAACAUGCCUAUUUGUUACGCUAGUCGGAAAUUACUAGACAGAGAAGCAAAAUAUGCUGCUAUUGAAAAGGAAUGUCUUGCCAUAGUUUGGACAGACCAACAACCUCUUGUUUAUCUCAAGAAUAUGAAAAAUGGUAAUGGUAGGUUAAUGCGCUGGGCUUUGGCGCUACAGUGUUACUCAUUUACUGUUGAGUAUAUAAAAGGCAGCGAAAAUGUAGGAGCUGACAUUCUUAGUCGUUGCCCUAUACCUGAAUAG